AUGGCUGAGAAUGGCAGCGCGGACGACGGUCGACAGACUGGCUUUCCUCAAUCGCCUUCCGCGUUCGGCGAAGAUGAGCGGAUCUCAUGGUCCAAAGUAGACGCGAAAUACGUCCUCGAAACCGAUGAGGGCAAUGAAUACGAGUGGGACGAUGCUCUCAAGCGAUGGGUGGAUCAGGAACUUCUAGACCAACAAGCAGCUAUAUACAGAGUUGAGGGCGUCGACGAGCAUAUACCUGCGGCACAGAACAAGAAGAAGAGGAAGCAGGACGGAGACGAGGACGGCCAGAAGCAGAAGAAGCAAAAAGUCAACUCUGCUUGCUAUGUAACGUCUAUCCCUCUCGAUGCGGACAAGGACGAAAUCAAACAUGUCUUUGGCAAGAUGGGAGUGAUUGCUGAAGAGCUCGAGUCAGGCGAACCACGCAUCAAGAUGUACGAAGACGAGAAAGGUCAAUUCAAGGGUGACGCCCUCGUCGUAUUCUUCCGGCCCGAGUCCGUCGACUUGGCGGUCCAGAUGCUAGACGACACGGAAUUCCGGCUAGGCACUCAAGGUCCAAAUGGGAACAUGCGAGUACAGGCUGCCGAUUUCUCGUACAAGGCUCAACAAGAGGCGCCAGCCAAGAAGAACAAGAAGGAUCUCAAGAGAAUCAUCAAGAAAAGCCAGAAGAUGAACAACAAGCUGGCCGAUUGGGACGAUGACGACCCACAGCAAAUGCCAGAGACAAGCUCCAAGUUCGACAAGGUCGUGAUUCUCAAGCAUAUGUUCACCCCGGCAGAACUUGAGGAGGAUCCGUCUGCCAUUCUCGACAUCAAGGAGGAUAUCAGAGACGAAUGUGCCAAGCUUGGUGCCGUUACCAACGUCAUCCUUUACGACCUCGAGCCUGCAGGCGUAGCAAGUGUCAAGUUCAGCGAUCCAGAUGCGGCCAAGGCUUGUGUUGAGACGAUGAAUGGUCGCUGGUUCGAUGAACGACAACUAGUGGCAUACAUCUCAACCGGCGACGAGAAAUUUAAAAAGUCCAAGGGUAAGUCAAACGUGGUUGGUGGCGAUGAAAGCGACGAGGGUGAAGGCGGUCGAUUGGAUGCCUUUGGGGAGUGGCUUGAGCAGGAGCAAUAA